GAAUUUUUUUGCUGCUGCUUUCAAAGUCCAUGGUUAAUAUUCUAGUAACUUAUUCAAAUUUAUUAUUCAUAUCACAAUGCGAGUACGAAUGGAGCAUUGGCAGCUGCUAUUAGAGCUUUGUGACAGGAACCCGGAAUUAAUAACAAACAAAUUUAAUGGGCCUGAAGGAAAAGCUAAGGCACAUUCCCUUUGGAAAACAGUUACAUCCGAAUUGAACAUUUUGGGAUACGGAGAAAAACCUAUGGAAGGCUGGCGAAAGGCACUUACAGAUUGGAAAUCGAAGACAAAAUCAAAGGCAGCUGCAAUUAAAAGAGAAAUGCAGAAAACUGGUGGAGGUUCUAAUGAUGCACCCCCAUUAUCCAUCUUGGAGAACAAACUUCUGGCAAUAAUGGGAACAAAGUCGGUUUUUGGCGAUGAAGAGGUUCCUGAAAUCGGUUUUGGCAAUCACGACAAUGAUGAAAUGCAAAAUAAAGUAUUUGGGUGCAAGACUGAGUCUGGACAAGCAGUCGAAUUGAGAAACAAAACCCCAAUAAAUACUUCUGAUAGUAUUCCAGUCACCCAAAAUAAGCCCCAAAACCAAGUUCAUGAUUAUGGACAAGGGAGUGGCAAAGAAAAUGAUUGCAUUGAAGAUAAUGAAGAUGGCGAUGCAGAGCAGAGGACUGUUAAAAAAACAAAACUUGUCUCUGCUACAAAAUCUAUUAGACGAAGACCCCAGCAAACCCUUCAUCUAUCGAGUGAACUAAUACAGUUGAAUAGAGAAACUGUGGAGAUGUUUAAAAUCCUAAAUGCAAAUACUGAAAGUAUUGCAAAUAAUACUGAGAGAAUAGUAAGCAAUACCCAAAGUAUUGUAUCUUCUUUAAAUAUAAUUGCAAAUGUUUUGCAAAAAUAAUGGAUCAAUAAUUAUGGUUUCUUUCAUUUCAAACCUAUGAAUAAAUUAUGCAACCUUAUGUUUGUCCAGUUCCUACCUAUACAUACCGGGUGACAAUGAAACUACUACCCACGGCGGCAUUUCUUAACGGCUCGAGAUAGAAUUAUGCAACUCGGUUUGUUGACAGGGUUUAUAAAAAGAAUUGAAUGUCUUUUCCGGUUUCACCGGAGAUGGCAUUGACUUUGUUAUUUUAAAUGGGACACCCUGUAUGUAACUUUCGUCUAACAUACCUUAUGUCAAAAAUUCAUAGUUUUUGAAAUAGAGUGGCUCAAAAAUAUGUCGUAAUUCCUAAUGGUUUGUAUUUUACGUAAAAACUGCCUUUUCCGGUAAAACCGGAAAAGAAAUUCAAUUGUUUUCGUAUUAAAAUUGUUCACAAUUUUUAACCCUAUCAAGAUACUAAGUUGCAUAUUUCUAUAUCUCUAGCCGUUAAGAAAUGC